CUUCUCAAGAAACCAUAGCAAAGACUUGUGAUUGAAAGCCCUGCUUUCUCCGGCAAAGUGAAUGGAAAGACCGAGGGUCUGCAUCAAUGUAAUCGAAUCGAUAGUAAUACAUAUCAUCCCCACCCCCACAAUCGCGGAUGACAAAUUAUCACUAAAAUAAUGCGGGGUAUUGAUUUACCCUCUUGGUUACACACGAUGCGAUCGAGUUUAUCGGCGGUCAUGGGACACUUACGGCUCCAGAAGCCUUCUGACCAUUGCCCUCCUAUCCAAUUCGUUGAUUCACUCCCCAUUCUCGUGACAAUUCUUUCCCACCUUUCUAUCCGUUUCCAGGUCACAGCGGAACUCCGGCAAGGCGCGCUCUGGGCUACUAUAAAGAACGUUUCAUUCUCGUACAUUCGGUUUCUCAUUGUCUCAAAGUCUCACCUCACCUCUCAUUCUCACUCUCGUAUCUCGUCGCUUUCACCACAAUGCCACAGACUUUUACCUACGAAUUUAACACCCCUGUCUUCAAGGGGAAAACCUCGUUCAGUACCGGCCUCUACAUUGACGGGAAAUCCGUUGAUGGCGUCGACGGACUUACUUAUGAUGUCAUCAAUCCGACAACUGGGAAGGUGACGACGAAGAUGUGUAUUGGUAAUAAGAAGGACAUCGACCUUGCAGUCAAGGCAGCACACAAGGCAUACAACACUGUCUGGGGCCUCAAUUGCCCGGGCUAUGAGCGCGGGAAGCUGCUCAUGAAGCUCGCGACGUUGAUGGAAGAACACCACGACGAGCUCUCUGCGCUUGAGGCGCUUGAUAAUGGCAAGACGUUCUCGUGGGCAAGGAACGUGGACCUUCCCGGAUCAAUUCAAUGCAUUCGCUAUUACGGAGGCUGGGCUGACAAGAACCAUGGAAAGGUAAUAGAGACUGACGAGGGCAAGCUUGCCUACACGCGUCAUGAGCCGAUCGGCGUCGUUGGCCAAAUCAUUCCGUGGAACUUCCCGCUCCUUAUGCUUGCAUGGAAGAUUGGUCCCGCUCUCGCAACGGGUAACGCGAUUGUCCUGAAGCCGAGUGAAUUCACUCCGCUGACCGCACUCCGCAUGGUCGGCCUCAUCGAGGAGGCUGGUUUCCCUCCUGGUGUUGUCAACAUCAUCAAUGGCCUUGGACCUGAUGCUGGUGCCGCAAUCGCCGAGCAUCCUGAUAUCGAAAAAGUCGCCUUCACCGGUAGCACCCUCGUCGGACGCAGGAUCAUGGAAGCUGCUGCAAAGACAAACUUAAAGAAGGUCACCCUUGAGCUUGGAGGAAAGAGCCCGAACAUCAUUUUUGAUGAUGCCGACAUCCAACAGGCUGUCGACUGGGCUGCUCACGGUGUCUUCUGGAACCAUGGUCAGGCGUGCUGUGCGGGUACCCGAAUCUUCGUGCAGGAGAAGAUUUACGACGAGUUCCUGCAGAAGUUCACUGCAAAGGCACAGGGGCUUAAGAUUGGUGACCCAUUCGGUGUGGAUACGUACCAAGGACCACAGGUUUCGCAACCCCAAUUCGACCGUAUCAUGGGCUACAUCGAGUCAGGCAAGCAAGAAGGCGCCACAAUCCACACGGGUGGUAGCCGAUUCGGAAAAGAGGGCUACUUCAUCGAACCCACCAUCUUCACCAACACGCGUCCAGACAUGAAGAUCGUGCGGGAAGAGAUCUUCGGUCCCGUUGGUGUCGUGAUCAAGUUCCACGACGAAGAAGACGUGAUUCGACAGGCGAACGACACUCAUUACGGAUUGGCUGCGGCUGUUUUCAGCAAAAACAUUGAUCGGGCUCUGAGGGUUGCGCAUAGGUUGCAUGCGGGCACUGCAUGGAUCAAUUGCGCGAAUACUUUGAACACACAGAUUCCGUUUGGUGGGUAUAAGCAGUCGGGUAUUGGACGUGAGCUUGGAGAGUAUGCUUUGGCCAACUACUCUGCUAUCAAGGCUGUACACGUUAACAUCGGCAUGUCAAUUUGAGCGUAAGUCGACGGCGAGGCUUUGUAAUCUCUUAUUCACAUGUUCCUUUAACUUGACUUUCGAUCGAAAACAAACAAACGAUAUGCGACAAAAUAUCUAAGAUGUAUGUACUUUAUUAUGUUGCAAAAAUGUCAUAUUUGGCUACUUUUGA